UCCUCGUCAACUAAGUUUCUUCACUCUCCACUUCAUAAUAUCAACUUCAUUCUAAACAAUUAGAAAAACAAAUUAUACAUGUCUUCACAAACAUAAAGAAUAUUAAUUGUUUAAGGAAAAUAUAUUAUUUAGAAUAUUAAAUAUACCGGGAAAAUAAUUAUAUGUGUGUGGGCGGGUACCCAUGGGUCGGGUUUACCUAAACCCAAACCCAACCCGAUCUGAUGAAUAGUGUAGCGGGUUUAAACCCGAACCCGACCCAAAACCCGUCAACACGAAUUUUACCCGCGUUGACCGGGUUGGGUCGGGUGGGUACCCGUGGGUUCGGGUUUUGUUGCCAUCCCUAGGAUCCACGGUUGUCAUGUCGGUGAUAUGCCACCCGGUUGAACCUGGUUCAACUUGUGUCGGUCAUGAAACCGGCAUGACACCACCGGUAUGAUCGAUUUACGUAUUAUAAGUAAAAUGACAUCAUUUUAAUGAAUAUAAUGAAUACAGAAAUUAAUUUAUUAUUCAUUUUAUGAAUGUAAUAGUUAAAAGUUGAUGAUAUUUGUUGGAUUGUAACUCAAUUGUCCACAAAUAUGUUUAAAUACAUUGGAUAUUAAUUGUUUUCGCAUUUUUUUAAACCGCCAUGAACCGGCACAAACUGGAUAUACCACCGGUCGUACCAUUCCACUUGCCAAACCAGCACAACGGUAUAAACCGGUUUGACAACCUUGGUAGGAUCCCUCCAUCCAUCCGCCCACUCCAUUUCUACACCCCAUACCUCUAAUCCUCUGCAAAACCAUCCUCAACCCGCCACGUGGCACACCAUAGUAUCGUUUGCCUUUAAUUUCCCGACUUUGUGAUAACCCAUACUGAACUUAAAGCUUUACAUAACCAGGAGUUACAUGUAACACAUGUAUCUUACAUUUAAAUUGAUUAUUAAUUAAAAAAAUUAUUACGAUGAUUUUCGGAGUAUAAAUUUGGAGCAACUCCAAUUCUCAUGAAUACCUGACAAACUCGUAGGAGCAAUGCCUUGAUGUUAUAGUCAUGCCAACUGCUACCAAGAGAUGCCUCCUCAUAAUGUAGCGGUUUUGGAAAUUGAAUCCGAGACGAUAUCAUGUCAAUUUUUUAUGUCUUACACUUGAUUCGUUUCUUGGCAGUUGGUUGUAUCAGUUAAUUUGUGGCGUGUGAGUAAUAUUUCGACACAACCUUCAAUUAAGAGGUUUGAUAUCAUAUUGACUAUCGAGAGCCAAAUCAUUACAACAACUCGAGACGCGUGAGUAGAGUUUCCAAUAAAGUUUGAACACGUACAAAUAUGUCACCUGAUAUUGUACAUCUUACAAGUUCCUAAUCAACCAAUCAAUGCUACUCCAAACUUAAAAUACUAUAAGUACUAGUGAUAAUACGAAAAAAAAACAUCGUCGUACUCUGUAUUCGAAUUUUGGAACAAACCACCAACUGAAAAAAACUCAUAAACAUCUCAUUAUCACUAAUAUCACAUCCUCAAUAUCACCUCCAAUUUUUUUUUUCUUCCCUAAACCAAUUCCAGUCAUAGAAACCCAUAAAACAACAAGACAAACCAACAAACAUCAUCCCAUUUCCCUUCUUUCCAAGUUCCAUCCAUCCAUUCCCCUCACCCACCAUACAAACCUCUUCUCUCUCUCUCUCCCUCUCUUCCAUUUCCCACUUCCACAAAAAAAAAAAAAAAAAACCCAAAAAGUAUCCACACCAAGUUCACUAUCAAAACUUAGCUCAACUCACAAAAACCAGUCUAGUGAGUGAGCUAGCUAGACAGAAACAAAGAAAGAAAAAAUGGCGAUUUGCACACCACUCAAAUCCUCCUCAACUUGCUCCUCCAUCAUCCACCACGACGCCGCCGCCGCCGCCGUCUCCUUCACCAGAAGAACAUGCAGCUGGACCACCACCACCACCAGCCACCGCCCCCGCCGCGGCUUCACCGUGAUCACAUGCGCCGCGGGGACCGUGGUGAUCGGCCUGGCGGCGGACUCCGGGUGCGGGAAGAGCACGUUCAUGCGGCGCCUCACCAGCGUGUUCGGCGGCGCCGCCGAGCCGCCCAAGGGCGGGAACCCGGACUCCAACACCUUGAUCAGCGACACCACCACCGUCAUCUGCCUCGACGACUACCACUCCCUCGACCGGACGGGGAGGAAGGAGAAGGGUGUCACGGCGCUGGACCCCAGGGCCAACGACUUCGACCUCAUGUACGACCAGGUGAAGGCGUUGAAAUCCGGCGCCGCCGUGGAGAAGCCCAUUUAUAACCACGUCACGGGCCUGCUCGACCCGGCCGAGCUCAUCGAGCCGCCCAAGAUACUCGUCAUUGAAGGUCUCCACCCAAUGUUCGACGAGCGUGUGAGAGACCUGCUGGACUUCAGCAUCUACUUGGACAUCAGCAACGAAGUCAAAUUUGCAUGGAAGAUUCAGAGGGACAUGGCUGAAAGAGGGCACAGCCUGGAGAGCAUCAAGGCCAGCAUUGAAGCCCGAAAGCCCGAUUUCGACGCCUACAUUGAUCCUCAGAAGCAGUACGCUGACGCGGUGAUCGAGGUGCUCCCCACGACGUUGAUCCCAGACGACAACGAGGGGAAGGUUUUGAGGGUGAGGUUGAUCAUGAAGGAAGGCGUUAAGUUCUUCGACCCGGUCUACUUGUUCGACGAAGGCUCCACCAUCUCAUGGAUCCCCUGUGGGAGGAAGCUCACUUGUUCUUACCCUGGCAUCAAGUUCACAUACGGCCCCGAUACCUACUUCGGUCAAGAGGUGUCGGUGCUGGAGAUGGACGGGCAGUUCGACAGACUAGACGAGCUGAUCUAUGUGGAGAGCCACCUGAGCAACCUCUCCACCAAGUUCUACGGUGAAGUCACUCAACAGAUGUUGAAGCAUGCUGAUUUCCCAGGCAGCAACAAUGGCACAGGUCUUUUCCAGACCAUCGUCGGCUUGAAGAUCAGAGACCUCUACGAGCAGCUCGUAGCAUCCAAGGCCAAAUCUCCGGUAGAGGCUAAAGCUUGAGUUCCCCACCCAAGGAACCAAACUCCCUUCCCACACAUAAAAUUUGUAUUCCUCUGUUCUUCCUAUUUUGACUCUCAGUUACAGCCUUCUGUUCCGAGCUUUUAUCGCGUAAAAUGAGCUGUAACUUGUAUAAAACAAACUCAGAAAGCAAAAAAAGAGGCAGAAGACAAAAUAAUCCACUUAUCAGAUUCGUGUACGAUCUCGUCACCAGAGCCUCACAGAAAGCAUAGAUGAAUGACGAAAGUUGAUGGUGAUGCCAAGACUGCUGCUUCCUUUCUUCAGCAGUUUACUUGCUUACAUCAACCUUCACCAUAUCUCCUUCCUUCUGAAACAACUUAUCUUAAGCCCUAUCUUACGUGUAUAACAAGAUAAGACUCCAAUAAAAUGCUGCUGACGCAACUCAAACAAACUGCAGAUAAAUCCUAAAACAGAUCCCUUCCUGGCAACAAGAGUUUUAAGGCACACCAUGAACAAAUCCAUGGGCUAGAC